CCAACCACAUCCACUAGUCGCAGUCCUGCCAUAUCCCACAUCACAGCUGUUCAAUUGCCGUUUUGGAUAUAACCACACGUCACUUGACUAUCGUCUCAUUCACGAAGCAAAAAAAAAAAGAGGGAAAUUUAAUAAAUAAGUGGGGGACCGUGAAUGGAACUGAUUCACAGAAAUAUGCAACCAAAAAGUGCUGGUUCGAACAUGAUGAGUUACAAGCUCUUGACGUGCAUUGUGGCGGCCAUCUUGUUGCCACCGUUAGUGGAUUCUGUGAAAAUCGUGCCUUUGAAAAAGAACUUGAAGACCUUCAACGACUGGACGUGCAACAAACCUCAGCCUCGAGUCGUUCACAUCGACAAUUUGGAUGAAUACAUCGCGCCGAAUGCGAUUUAUUUGCCUUCGGCGUUGGUGAUUCAUCGCUGCGAUCAAUCGACGGGAUGUUGCCGCACGCCCGGCCAGGUAUGCAAAUCAGUCGAGUCGGAGGAAGAGGAUAUCCAGUUCGCUAUCCGAGCCAAUUUCAUCGAUAAUUCCGGAAGGGCCGAUCCGUCGGCGACGAAGGCCAACAAUCGAAACAAAACGAAGAAGGAAAAGAAGCUGAUGGUGACGUUGAGGAAUCACACGCGUUGCGAUUGCGUCGGAAAAGUCGAUUUAAGAGUUUGAACCGCCUCAGUUCAAUGUUGCAUCAUCAUAUCCGGAAUUCGACAAUUCCACCUGUGAUAUUACGUGAUUUAUAUAUAUUUAUACAGUAUAUUUAAAUAUAUGUGAGAAUUCUUCUUCUACAAGUGGUCCGCUAUCCCGAAAAUGGGAACUUUCGAUAUCGUUCAAUUAUGUUCAGUUCAUUGAUCCUCUACAUUAAUGUGAGUCUUCGUCCAGAAACUGAUUACGUGUUCAUAUUAAUUAAUAUAACGCUCAUUGCUCUCUGAUGUAUUGCAACAUGACUAACCAAAUAUAAAAUGUGAUGUAUU